GGGACUCCACUCCCUCUAUCCCUCCUUGGAGAGUUUGUAGAACCAUUGGAGCGCCAACCUUUGGCUGCUGACGUGGCUUUAGCAAGUUGUCUAAUUAGUGAUUAUCGCAGCCUCUUUGGUCAGCGCACUUCCAGAUAUGCAAGAUGGUGACCACAAAACAAGCCUUUGCUGAUUGCCAGCGUACAGCUGCAUCUCACCCAAAACUGGUGAAACAUUUGACAAGAACUUACUUGAAGAGUGACUUUGAGAAUUUUCUUUCUGAAUUUACUUGUCUAUUGAAGAAAUCUCUUAUACAUGGAGAUAAGCAGCCAGCUGUGGAAAGGACAUUGAACUUUGUUGCUAAAUUUGCAACAAGUAAAAAAUCUGAAACUGAAGAAAAUGGGAAAGAAGAGAAAGCAAAAGAUGACGAGGAGGAAGAGGAAGAGCCAGAGGAAGCAGAUCCUUUCCUUGUAAAAUUGAUCCAAUUUCUACUAAAUAAUCAUGAGGCCAAUAGCCAAGCUGUGCGCUUCAGAGUUUGUCAGCUGAUCAACAAGAUCCUUAACCACAUGGGUGAGGAGGCAGUCAUAGAUGAUGAACUCUACAGCAAUAUCUAUGACACAAUGUUGCACAGAUUGCAAGACAAAAUACCAAGUGUGCGAGUCCAGGCAGUGUUGGCCUUGGCCCGUCUCCAGGAUCCACGUAACAAGGAAUGCCCUGUAAUCAAAGCAUAUCGUUACCACCUGUCAAUGGACCCAAACAGUGAUGUUCGACGGGCAGUUUUGACGAGCAUAGCCAUCACUUUCCAGACCCUCCCUGAUAUUCUAGAGCGUACUCGUGAUGUACGAGAUCUCGUUCGUCGACAGGCUUUUGAAGUGAUAUCCCGAAAGGUGCACUUGAAGUCAUUGACAAUUGCUCAGCGAGUGCGGCUCAUUGCCGAAGGACUGACUGAUCGUAGUGACGUAGUCCGAGGAGCAGUGGAGAAAAAUCUGAUCCAGUCAUGGCUGCGCAUGGUCAAUGGAAAUGUACUGGAUCUGCUUUCUUGUCUUGAUGUUGAGACUGCUGUCAAAGAAGCUGAGCUAGCUCUCCAGUCCAUGUUUCGUGAUGUCCCUUAUGCUGACCUCAUUGAAAACUUAGGUCUCAAUAAGGAAACUAGGACCUUAGAAUCAGGGGAAUUAAGGCCUGAAUCAGCACUAUACUGGCGAUGUCUCGCAGAGUAUUUGAGAAAGGAAGGUGCUGAAGAAGCUCUGGAACUAUUGCUUCCAGAAUUGACACACUUUUGCUCUUAUGUAAACAACUUUGUUAUGGUUGAAGUAAUGGAUGAUGGUGACACUCAAGAAACGCUUGUCAGAUGCAUGGAGAGGGAGUUCAUCACAACUCAGCUUGUUUCCAUUAUCAUGCUCUAUGAUUUAAGUGAUGAGGUUGGGCGUCGAACAUUGGACCAGCUUGUGAGGAGGUUGUUGGUGUCAGACAAAGUGGGUGAAACACUUGUAAAGGGACUUGUUGAAGUGUUUGGGAAAUUACACCCUGCAACCACACGUGUUAACCAGCUAGCAGAAAUUAUUUCUGAAAUAAGAGAACCAGUGACCAGAACAGAGCAACAAGAACGGCCUUUGUCAGAUGAAGAACAACGCAAGAGAAAACUAGAGGCUGCUCGUGUGAAGGUAAAAAUCAACCAACUGCGAGAAGAAGUAGAGGAAUGUGUGCGAAGUCUUGAUCUUGAGAGAGCUCAGGCACUCAAGAAGGAGCUGGAAGAGUUGGAGAAAGAAUCUUCUGUGAUUGAUCUAAAUUUCUCAACAUCAGAGGAGGUGAUACAAGAGGAACGAACAGACCCUACCACUCUCAGCAAAUGCCUGAUGAUUGUGUCUCACAUGAUAGAGAAUCCAGACAUUAUCGUCAUGAAUCCUACCUUGUAUUCCUUGCAUGAGAACCUAGUCUUGCCUUGUCUACGUUCAGAGGAUCCUGCUGUUAGAAACCAAGCAGUGCGUGCACUUGGUCUUUUGUGCUUGAUUUCAGAGGAAUUGAGCUGCCAACACUUGAUUUUAUUUAUGCAGAUAGCCAGAAUUGAUGUAGAGCAGAUUCAACUUUCUGCCCUGCGGUGUGCAAUAGAUCUCAUCCACCUCUAUGGACUCGAGAAGUUCACUGAAGCAGCAGAAGAUAUUUGUGAUAUCACAGGCAUCCCUUCAUCCCCCAAGGAAAAGGAAAAGGAAAAGGAUUCCAAAGAUGGAAUAGUGAAUGAGGAGGAAGGAGGAACCAUUAUAUCUGCUUUAUGUCAGAUGAUGGACAGUGAGAAUGUGGAAGUUAGAACAACAGCAGCUGAAGGACUUUGCAAGCUGUUGCUGGCAUGCAGGAUCACUUCAUCAAAGUUGCUCUCUCACUUGGUUCUCAUGUGGUAUAACCCCAUCACAGAGGAUGAUAGCCUAUUACGACAUAUGUUGGGUGUUUUCUUCCCUCUCUAUGCUUCAUAUGGAGGCAGUAACCAGGAGAGCCUCUGUGCUGCAGUGCUUCCCACCCUUCAGACACUUUUCAAUGCGCCAACUCGCUCUCCACUUGCUGAUGUUGAUGUGGAGGAUGUUGCCAAUUUCUUGGUUUCAAUCACUAGCCCUUCCAUUAUUGCUGAUAGGUCAAAUGAGCAAGUGAACAAUCAUGACAUUCUGGUAUUUACACUGUGCAGCGAGAUUUUAGCCUACCCAGAUAGCAGCUGGAAUAAACUGCUCAUUCGAUGUCUAAAUAAUCUCAGUCUUUCACCCACCAACUAUUCUACCCUAAGACAAGUGGAUGUUUUGGCAAUGAAAUUACUUAAGCGUGUCAAAGAGCGUGUUUGUAUCAAUGGCCUGGAGCGGUUCCAGCAGUCAGUGCAGAAUCUACUGAAGGAUGCCCCAGAAGCAGAGGUUACAAUUAAAGAGGAAAAGCCUGAUAAGACUACACUGACUGAAGAUUUAUGUGAUACAACAGAAAUGAAUACCACAGGCAAUAAAAGCAUAGAAAAUACAUUAAUGAAGAGAAAAAGGAUGUUGUACAACACCACAACAUUCUCUGACCCAGAGGUGUUUUCAAGUGAACCUGAGUCCGAUGGUGAGGCAAGUCCCUCAAAACGUAUCCUACAAGUACCACUUCUGGUUCUGCCAGAGGAACUGAGUGAUGUAGGAUCCCCCAAACUUGCAAGCACCCAAAAGGAUCAGGAAGACGACUCGGAAGGAAGAGGAGAGAGUACAAGAGUGGCCAACUUGGUAUCAGCUGAAGUGGUGAAGUUGAAUGAAGUUAUCCUUGUGUGUAAAGAAUAG